AAGUAUGAGCGUACCGUAUCUACUCUUUUUGUUUUAAUCUAAGAUAAUACGCGAAAAAAUCUUUGCACAAACCGAGUAUAUAAAACAAAUACACACAUAUGAAUACAUACAGAAAUACAUAGAUAUACAUACAUACACUCAUACAUACAUAGGCAAAUAUAUAUAUGUGUAUACUUAAAAAAAUAUAUAGAUAUACACAUUAAGUAAGUCUAAUUCGGUAAUAAAAUAAAUAAAUGUAUGAUAGGUACUUCAAAAUCUACAAGUUUAUUAAAUGUCAUCCCUCGGAUCGAAGUCACAGCUAGUUUCCAAAUACAAUGAAGUACUUUAUAAGCCCUCAGUGAAAACUCUAAGUAUAGUGGCUUUAUACUCGUAUACUCCUCCGGCUUCAUACGGAUUAAUAUUGAAAUUUCGUCUUCAGCAAAUAAUAGAAACGACAAUUUAAUUUGUUUUUUUUUUUCAUGUAAAUAAUAUAUUUUUUAAGCUUUGGUGGACAAGUUUUAAUUUUGGUGGCAGUGCAUAACUUUGGAUGUUAAUUACUCAGCGAUUAUUGCUACGAAAUUAUUGAUUCUCGAAGAAAUGAUUAAAUAUGCAAUUAUAUACUCCAUUUUAUAGUAUAGCUUUGUUUGUUUUUAAAAGCUUAAUAAAAGGUUUUUGUCCAAAAUCCGGCCCUGUGGCUCUCAACACAAUUUUUAUGGUAAAAAAUUUUUCGGCAUUUAGAUGUAGACAUAGUCAUAUUCUGUGCUACAAACCUAUAAUCAGAUAUUCGGAUAUAUUUUAAUAAAGACUCAUAUAAAAAGGACCCCACAUAUAUAUUUUUUUAUUUAGAUAGGCAAAUGAUUCUACCCCAAGGAUAUAAAAUGUUAGUGAAGUCCGGACUCAAAGAUAACUUGUGUAGCGGUUGUAUCUGCCACACGAGCCAAUAUAACUAUACCAUCCUGCAAGCUGCUUCUGUACUCCUUCUUUGAAUGACUCAGAUUGUUAGGAAGGGAGAAACACGUGCAUGGUCAGAGAACUGUAACUUUAGAAAGAAAAAAAGAAGAAAGAACACAUUUAUUGGUUACACAGCAUAGGUGCAUUAAAAACAAAACAGAAUAGAAUAAAACAUAACGACAAAUAAAAAUAAAAUCAAGAAAACUAAAUUAAGGUGCUGCUGUGCAGUUUUUGGCCCCUCUGAGGCGUUGGCUCCUGUACGGACGCCCUCAGAGGGUGGGAUGUCCGAGUAGCCCUGGCCGCUCGGACCCCCCACGAAUGCGGUUGCCGCGUUCCCCCCUCUUCUCCCAGGAGAAGGGACGAGGAGACGUAGGCGGCCGGGAGGGCGGAGAGGGACGGGAAGAACUACGCUUCCCCUCCAGCUCCCCCUCCCAGGAACGAAGCCCUCCGCAGCGGACGGGCUCUAGGCCGCGUACCCAGCGCCCAUGCGCGGGCCUACCUGCGGACGUAUGCGGUGUCCCUGCAGUCCCUCGGGAGACCCCUGCCGUGGAGCCCCGGCGAGGCCAGGCUGCCCAAGCUGCUAGGUGCGGGCAUGCGGAGAAAUCCCACCAAGGGGAUCCCGCGGCUCUGCACCAGGCAGUGGUGAAGGAGAUAAAAAAUGGCGUGUACGUCACCUUGAAACCGCCCGCGUACCCGGAGAUACAAAGUGAAGUGCUACACUCCAAAGAGGCCAUCAGAACGAUGGAUGACCACACCGACAACGACGCUAAGAAGACGAGGAUACCCAAGCUGAGGUUCCGGCAAGCAGCUUACAGAGUGAAGCAAGAAAGGAGAUCCAGUGAAGGGGAAAAAGUGUCAUAUCAACGACGGUCUUCAAUACCAAAACUAAAAAAAUCCACAUCAAUAGAAAGAGAGAACUCAGAGGAAAAAAUACAACCAAAAGAGAUUGCAUCGGCGCCAAUUGAAGACGAAUUUGACAAAAUAUAUGAUGAAACAGUCACGUCCCCUGUUAGUAUAGAUGAUAAUAUACUUAACACUGUAAUAGAUGACCCUGUUAAAAUAGAGAAUAGCUUCGAAGAAAUAAUACACGCUUACGAUGAAAAUGAGCAACCAGUUAACGUAGAAAAGCCGAAGCAUUCGAAAAUUCCAAUGUUAAAGCGCAAAAGCGAACCCCAAGUUGAAGUACCAACAAACAUUGAAAAAACAAGCGUAAACAACAAUUCGGUUGGAAGACUUAAAGUUCAAGAUGCAAUAAAUAAAUAUUCAAAAAUUGACAAUGAAGAACCUAAACCUAAAUACAGAAUACCAACGAGAACGGGUAUACCCAAAAUUUCUACUGAAAAACAUGCUUUUGAUGAUAACAAAAAUGAGAAAAAAGUAGAAGUCGCUAAUGUCACUAAUCUACCACUUCAACAAAAUGAGGUAGACACACGCAAUAUUGACAAUAUUUAUAAUAUAUCAUACAAGAAUGUUGAUAUAAUUGAGGAAAAAGCUCCUAUUUACAAUGAAACUAUUGAAUUGCUCCCUGCAAGUGAAAUAACUCAAAUAGAAAUAAAAUCUACGCAGCAAAAUUCUCCUAAUGAUCUAGUUAAGAUUGUACCGACUGAAAAUUUUGAAUCAACUACACAAAAUCUUCUGAGUAACUCAGAAUAUUCAAUUCAGCCUAGUGUCAAAGAAGAAUAUAAUAUAUCAGACACAUUGGAUGAAAAAGCUGUUAUUGACAAUCACGAGAAUAGCGAUGACGAUACACUACAUGAGGUAAAAGAAGCAAUCGUCAUUGAAGAGGUUAAUUUAAAGAGUGAUGAACACGGCGACAUUGUUUUAGAUGAUAACACUCCAUCAAUUAGAGGAAAAGUAAGCAAAAUGAUAAGACAACUUAGUUCCAAUACAGAACAUAAACAAGAAAAUAAAUUGAUAUUAGAUGAUAAAGUACCUAAACCUAAAUCUGUUUUAUCGAAGAUAGCAAUGUUUGAGCAUCCUAAUGUUUCGAGCAAUGUUCCCAAAUCACUGAAUAAAUCAUCAAUAAAACCUGUUCCUAGAUACACAGAAGAAGAUUUUAAUAAACCUUACAUUGUAAAUGGAACCCGGAAAACCACAAAUAACACAGUGAUGUACGAGGAAAAUAACAAUUUGGUGCACAAUGUUACUACGGAAGAGGUAGAUGUUUCUACUCUGACUAUUAUUGAUGACAUUCCAAAGGCUGAAGAGAUCACUAUUGAAGAUCCACCUUCGCAACACGAUGUCAUAUUAAAAGAAGAUCCAAUUGAAAUAAAUUCGAAUAAGAUAGAAGAAACAGAACUCGAAGCUGUUGAUUCAUACAGAAUAGAGUAUGCGAAACCUAUGAACUAUAUCGAAAACGUGCCACUCAAUAAUGAACCCAGCGCUAAUCAAAUUAGGAUUUUAAAUAACAACGAAGACGUGGUUAACGUCAAUUAUAAUGAUGACAAAACUGAAAACAGUAACAAAGUACUAAAUGAAAGCUACAGCGAUAUUGAUAUAUUUAAAAAUACUCCUAAAGAUAACAACCAAUUAAGUAAUAGAUAUUUCGAUAAAGGAACCGAAAAAACUGAUUUCAAGAGGUCAAGAUCUAGAUCUGAUGAUAGCUCACGUGCACAAAGAAUUAAGUCUGUGGCAGAUUUGGACUUGGGAGACGCGGUCAAAGGCAAAGUUCACAAUAUGAUAGUGCGAAUGAAUUCCGUUGAAAUGCUAAAUGUUGAAAAGAAGGAGGUAAUCAGUGCGAAAGAGAGGCCCCGGAAGAAAUCUGUGUCGGAGAAGAUAGCUUUGUUCGAGAGCAAAUUCUCCGUAGCACCUGUCGCGUCCGUAGCACACUCGAGUACAAGCGCUCGUACUACGAAGCCUCAACAGCAUACGCCCGUAGCAGAACUACGGGACGAAGAGCUGCAAGCAAAAAUUAAGGAGUUAAAAUCUGCCAAGUUAACGUAUGGACCGACUGAAGUUAAUAAGACGGUGGUACUCGCCAACGGUGUGGAAAUGCCAGCUUUGGCAAUCGGCACAGCAUUGUUAGACCCGAAACUGACGGUUCACAUAGUCUCUGCAGCCAUAGACUUAGGAUACAGAGCCAUAGACACAGCUUACAUCUACGGCAACGAGAAAGAAGUGGGUGAGGCUAUCAGAAACAAAAUAGAAGAUGGCACUAUUAGAAGGGAAGACCUGUUCGUGAUCUCGAAGCUAUGGAGCACGUUCCACCGCACGGAGCUGGUGGCCAGCGCGUGUAGACGAUCCCUGGACGUGCUGGGCUUGGACUAUGUAGACCUGUUCCUGAUACAUAACCCGAUGUCUUUUAAGGAAGGUCCAGACCCUAUACCGAAGAUAGCCAACGUACUCCAAUACUCGCAGUACGACUACUUAGACGCAUGGUUCGGAGUGGAAGAGCUCGUCCCAAUGAAGUUAGCCAGGAGUGUGGGAGUUAGCAACUUCAACUCGUCACAACUUCAGAGAUUGCUCGACAAGGCGAAGGUCAAGCCCGUAGUCAAUCAGGUGGAAUGCCAUCCGUACCUGAGUCAACACAAGCUGGACGAAUUCUGCUCAGAGCGCCACAUUAAGCUUAGCUGCUUCGGAGUACUGGGCUCUGGAGGUACUCCUAUGGACCUGAAGGGCUUCAACAACCCGGUGCUUGAGGACCCUCUGGUGCAGGUGAUGGCGGCAGGCCUGGGCAUUACGCCGGCACAGCUUCUGAUCAGAUAUCAACUGGAACUUGGGAGAGCUGUGGUAGUGAAAGCAUCAUCAGGUUCCCGCUUGUACGAGAACCUUCAAGCCAUGAAUUGUUCUCUUAGCGAGGGAGAAUUGGACGCACUGGCAGCACUCAACAGGAAUAGAAGGACGUUCACUUUUAAAGGAAUGGGAGACACGCACAAGAAUUACCCAUUUAAGGCACAAUUUUAGUGCCAAAUCUUCAUACAAAAUAAAUUAUAAAUAAGAUGUGAAUUUGUAUGUGUUUUGUGUGUAUUAGAGUUAAGUUUUUAAGGAUAAUGUUUUUUUAUUAAUCAAUGAAGUUCUUAUUGAAUUGACUUUAUGCAUUUUUAUAAUUGAGUAGGUACUCAUAAUUAUUUGAAUAUUGGAUUAAAAUUGAUUUUAGCAUAAUUGAAUAGAAUAGAGUUAAAAGUCUUAUUCUUUUAUUUCAUACAGACUACGUAGUCUUAAUGAAAUAAAUGAAUAAUAAAUAUUAUGUAAGUUUUUGUGUUCGUAAGUACAGUAAACGACAUAUCCAUAGUAGCACUUCGGUAUACUAAAAAAACAUUUUUUUCCAAAAAAAAUUUGGUUUACAGUGCUAGUAAAGAAAUGUUGUUCACUGUUAAAACAUUCAAUAUAAACUUUAUAAAAAUUGCGUGCUUUAUUCCCACUAGUUCUGUUGAACAGUUUUGUUGACAGAUCUAAUGGGAAUUUUCGUCCUACUAGUUCUGUU